UUUGUAAGAAGGUAGCUUAAAGUAGCUAAAAAUACAAUUAAACCUCCACAUCCAUUUUUCCCAACAUCAGUUAAAUUAUAAGUUCUGAGAUCUCGUGUUACAAGCUUCAAAAAAAUGGAUUUUACCUUUGCAUGUGAUCAUAUGGUCACUCUAUCGCCAAAGGGGAAUUUAUUCGAAUUUUUUUCUUGGGAAUUUCCAAAUGAAUAUAUUACAUAUAAAGUCAUUGACGGAAAAUUUUGUGCAGUUUUAUACAAGAUAAAAAUGUAACACGAAGUGCAGAAAAAGCUUCGUUGUUUGAGUGUUUUUAUUUGUCCUAGGAUAAACAUUAGACACAGUUUAAUCAAUUUCUUAUAAAAGUAUAGUUAUCAGUUUAAAGAUGGGGAUUAUCUACAGUACAGACAAACCUAAAGUUAUGAAAUUUGACACUGUGGAUGCUUUAACGAAGGACCAAGCAUUAAAAGCUCUCAUUAAUCACACAAACAAUCUACAUGCUAUUGUGUCCGCUUGUCAAGUCAAAUUUUGUGAGCAAAAAUUUGGCACGAAAACAUACGAUGUCAUAUUUACACCACAAUGCAUUCAACCAGAUGAAGAUUUUUUCUCAAAACAUGGAAACAGUGAGAAGCCGGUGGCCCUUUGUUAUUACAAAGGCGCAUUUUUAUCACUAGAGGAUGCUAUCAAAGAUUUAGUUGAGCAAGAAAAACAUAUAAACCCACGCAGUAGUCUACUAAAACAACUUAAGAACAUAGAGUGCCAUCUGUCAGAUCAUUUGACAUUUUUAUCAGAAACAAUUGACAUUGUCCUUGAACAGAGUCCAAAACAUAUAAAACAAGUGCCGUCAACAUAUUCCAAACACAUAAUGGAAAGAGAGAAGUCGGCAUUUCUCCAAUUUGUAAUGGAAAGUGGAAUGGAAAACGAUGUUUGUAAAAGAUCGGCUCCAAAUCAAUGUGGAAAUAACGUUGUUGGCUUUGUAACCAUCAGAGAUUUAGGAUUAUGUUUGCAAAAGUUGCGAGGGUGCGCUCUUAAUUUGGAUGUCUAGAGACAUCAGCAUCAUGUAUAUAUAUUGUGAAAGCCAUGUAAAGAACAUCAGCUCAGAAGCGGUGGAAAAUUGUAAAUAAACUUCGACAUAAAUGUGCAUUAUGAAAACGUCAGCAUGAUCUCAAUGAGAAUAACAUUGUUAGAGAGCUAUGGAUAAUAUCAUUAAUAGUAUUUAUUUACAAAAAACUAAAAAACAAACAUUUAAUAUAAUUAAUAUCUAUAGACCUAGAAAUAAAUGUUUGUAAUAAUUAUUAACAAGAGUACUUGUAAUUCCUUUCUUGUACAAUGCUCUUAUUUAUCUCUACUUGAAAGAUAACAAAUCGAAGUUA